AUGUAUUGGAAAAGCGAGCAGAUGUUUGUGUGUAAACUAGAAGAAAAGGACGUGCCGGAGCUGGCAGUUCCUCCCGAGAAGUGCCAGGGGCUCAUGUCGGAGGAGUGCGGGCGGACUGCAGCCCUGGCGGCCGGGAGGACUCGGAAAGGCGCCGGGGAAGAGGGACUGGUGAGCCCCGAGGGAGUGGGGGACGAGGACUCGUGCUCCUCCUCGGCCCCACUGUCCCCGUCGUCCUCGCCCCGGUCCAUGGCCUCGGGCUCCGUCUGCCCCCCUGGCAAGUGUGUGUGCAACAGCUGCGGCCUGGAGAUCGUGGACAAGUACCUUCUCAAGGUGAAUGACCUGUGCUGGCAUGUUCGGUGUCUCUCCUGUAGUGUCUGCAGGACCUCCUUAGGAAGGCAUACCAGCUGUUAUAUUAAAGACAAAGACAUUUUCUGCAAACUUGAUUAUUUCAGAAGGUAUGGAACUCGCUGCUCUCGCUGUGGGAGGCACAUCCAUUCUACUGACUGGGUCCGGAGGGCCAAGGGGAAUGUCUAUCACUUGGCGUGCUUUGCCUGCUUUUCUUGCAAAAGGCAACUUUCCACAGGAGAGGAGUUUGCUUUGGUGGAAGAGAAAGUCCUCUGCAGAGUGCAUUAUGACUGCAUGCUGGAUAAUUUAAAAAGAGAAGUGGAAAAUGGUAAUGGGAUUAGUGUCGAAGGCGCCCUCCUCACAGAGCAAGAUGUCAAUCAUCCAAAACCAGCAAAAAGAGCUCGAACAAGCUUUACAGCAGAUCAGCUCCAGGUUAUGCAAGCACAAUUUGCUCAGGACAACAACCCAGAUGCACAGACUCUCCAGAAACUGGCAGAAAGGACAGGCUUGAGCAGACGUGUGAUACAGGUGUGGUUUCAGAACUGUAGAGCACGCCACAAGAAACACGUCAGUCCUAAUCACUCCUCCUCUGCCCCAGUCACAGCGGUCCCGCCCUCCAGGCUGUCUCCACCCAUGUUAGAAGAAAUGGCUUAUUCUGCCUAUGUGCCCCAAGAUGGGACAAUGUUAACAGCGCUGCAUAGUUACAUGGAUGCUCAUUCACCAACAACCCUUGGACUCCAGCCCUUGUUACCCCAUUCAAUGACACAACUGCCAAUAAGUCAUACCUAA